AUCAUCCUGAAAUCCCAGUUCAGCUGACCAAUGAUCUGCAGAUUAACUUCAAACACCUCAUUAAAAAAUCUUGGCGCGAUACAUGCAGCAAGAGUACUACAGCACUACAUCACAUCCACCCAUCUACAUCUCACAUUUCCCUAAACUUUUUGAAUAGGAGAGAAGCUGUGACAAUAAGAAGACUUCGCAUCAACCACACGAAACUUACUCACGGCUAUUUCAUGUCGUCAGAGAGUCGUCGUGUCUGCCGAACUUGUCAAGUUCCUGUGACUGUUAAACAUAUCCUAACCGACUGCAGAUAUAUCAGCAGUUUGAUAUGAAAACCAACUUCAAGGAGACACUGAACUGCCCGACGGAAAUAAGGAAAAUCGUGCAAUUUCUUAAAGCCACCAAAAUAUAAUUUAGUUUAUGCAUUGUAAUAGAUUUUGUAACAGUCCUCUAUUUAACUUAUGAUUGUUUAUGUGUGCCAAUAACCAGCGCGUCGAGGCACGUUAAACUGAAAUAAAAAAAAUAUAUAUAUAUGAGACUCACUUUUAACGAAAAAUUGAUGUAGAAUUUGAAAUUUAUUCCGUAUAUAUGCACCGCAUUGUUAGUAUCAAGUAUUAAUUCAAUCAAGUUAUUUAAUGUUUCCAAAUACUUCCCAUACCCACUGUAGAAAAUAUCGAUGUAUUACUAAGUUUAAUUUUCCACGUCAUAGCUAUCCUUUUCUCCAUCUAAAUAUUUAAUCAAAUCUAUAACCGUAUCAUUCACCGCGGCUUUGCUCUAGGCUCUUUCAAUUUCCGAACCAUAAAUAUGUUCAACGACAUCAGAUCCUUUUACAAAAAUAAGAAUAUUUUAUUGACCGGUGGGACCGGAUUUCUAGGUAAACUGAUCAUAGAGAAGCUGUUGAGAACGUGUGAUGUAGAAGGUGUUUAUUUAAUUGUAAAAUCCAAAAAAGGCUUAACACCCGAAGAAAGAAUACAAAAUCUUAUUGACGAACCUGUAAUGGCUAAAGUGAGAGAGAAAGAUCCAGAAAAAUUGAAAAAAAUUCAUGUUAUUGAUGGUAAUUUAACAAAAAAAGAUCUAGGACUUAGUGUUGAAAACAAAGAAAUUAUUUUAAAUAAGGUGAAUAUAGUUUUCCAUUGCGGAGCUUCGUUAAAUAUGGAUUUGAAGCUUCAAGAAUCCGUUAUCACGAAUGUUAGAGGCACCAUGGAGAUCGUGAAUAUAGUGAAUCAAAGUAAACAUAUUCAUUCGUUUAUAUUAGUAUCAACAGCUUAUUCUAAUUGUUAUGAACACGUGAUAGAAGAAAAGUUUUAUGAACCGCCCAUUAAUCCUGAAUUACUAAUUAGAAUGUGCGAGGAAAUCGAUCCGGAUAUGCUGUCUAAUAUAAGUUUGGGAUUAAUUGGAAAAUGGCAGAAUUCUUAUGUAUUUACCAAAUCAGUUGCUGAGAAUAUUGUAUUUCUUCAUGGUAGAAAGAUACCUGCAGGGGUAUUUAGACCGGCCAUUGUGACCUCUACCGUCGCCGAACCUUUACCAGGAUGGUCGGAUAACUUGUAUGGUCCGCUUGGUAUAUUACUUGCUUCCCACUGUGGUAUUUUGAGGGUAAUCAAAGCUAAUGGUAACUUGAGAAACCAUACUGUUCCAGGUGAUAUGUGUAUCAAUGCGAUACUGUGUUUUGCAUGGGACUUGUUCAAUAAGUGGAAAACCUCUAAAGAAAACUAUACACCUUCAGUAUUGAAUUUUUCUGCUAAAGAUACUAAGCUAUACAUAACCAGUAAAGAGUUCGUGGACUGCAAAAAUAUAGAUUAUUUGCCAUUCAAAAAGACGAUGUGGUACCAAAUGCUAUUUUUAGUUAAAAGUAAAUAUAACUACUUUUUAUUGAAAUUCCUAGUACACUCCAUACCUGCCUAUCUUAUCGAUAUGGUAUUAAAGAUUUCAUCCAGGAAGACAAGAAUGAAAAGUAUAUACGCCAAAAUUGAAAAAACUUCAGAUAUUUUAAGUUAUUUUCUCCUACACGAAUGGGAUAUUCACAACGAAAACAUGAAACUUCUAUGGCAAAAAAUGAAUUCGGAUGAUAAAGAGACCUUCAAUUUCGACGUAAAUUCCAUCGAAGUGAAUGUAUAUCUUAAAAAUGUCCUCAUAGGAUUAAAAAAAUAUAUUUUGAAGGAAGACAUGACGAAAUCAAAAUUACAUAAACAGAGAUACGAAAGGUUAACAGUCGUCCAUAAAACCAUAAAAUACUCCUUCUAUGGUCUAGUUAGUAUACUUAUGUACCGGAGUUUGACGAGAUUUGUUUUAAAGAAGAAUCGUGUAUGAAACUUGGUAGUAAAAUGUACCAAAAUACGUUGUUAGUUACAUAACAAAUCAAAAUUUAAAUAUAAAACUGGAAUCUUCAAAAUAAUACCUUUAAUAUUGAUAGGUUAUGUUAUCAAUUAAUAUAAAA